AUGAGUUUUGACAAACAUUCAUUGUGUAAUUGCCACCAUAAUCAAGAUGAAAGAUAGCUCCUCUCCCCCUCAAAAAAAGUUCCUCAUGGGCACAAUUGUUUUCAAGUGAACCCUGGUUAACGUGUCACUAAGUAUAAUGAACAACUUUAAUACUUGAGGUGGAUUGAGGUCAUCUGUUUAAAUUCUGUUUUAUGGGAUUAUGCCUCAGGGUAGAAGAAUUUACUGUGGUAAUAUAGCCAGCGUGGCUUGUUGGGGCAGCCAAGUGAAAGCAAACGGCUGGUGGUGAACAUAAUUUAUUGGCAUUAAAAAGAAUACAUCAGCCAGAUGGAUGCAUGCAUGCUGAUCAGGGACUGAUUUGGCAAGAUGUUUUACUGAAGAAAUGAUAUCAGGUACAGGGCUAAACACAUUUUAUUUAUUUAUUUUUACAACUAGGUGAGUUAAAUGUAUGGACUCAGAACAGUUCCCGGUGCUUGGCUGGUUCACAGCGGUCACUGCAGAUGCACCUUGAAGACAUAAGGCGCCAGACCCAAGUCAUGAUCCUGCAAGUCAUCUCCCUGGCUGCCCUUCUGAGCCCCCAUGGAACUGGGGCCAUCAGGGUGGGCCACGUGUCAACGUAUGUCCAGUUUGUCCAGACACACAGACCCUCUGGAGAGUACAUGUUUGAGUUUGAUGAGGAUGAGCAGUUCUAUGUGGAUCUGGAUAAGAAGGAGACCAUCUGGCAUCUGCCAGAGUUUAUUCGUGCCUUCAACUUUGAUGCUUGGAGGGGUAUUGCUGACAUUGUCACGGCAAAGAAGAACCUGAACACUCUGAUCCAACGGUCCAACCACACCAGGGCCACAAAUGAGCCACCUGAGGUGGCCAUGUUUCCCAAGGAGCCUGUGGAGCUUGGACAGCCCAACACCCUCAUCUGCCAUGUGGACAAGUUCUUCCCACCUGUGCUCAAUGUCACAUGGCUGUGCAAUGGGAAGACGGUCACCAAAGGUGUGGCUGAGAGCAUCUUCCUGCCUAGCACAGAAUUCAGGUUCCACAAGUUCCACUACCUGACCUUCAUUCCCACGGCUGAAGUUGUCUAUGACUGCAAGGUGGAGCACUGGGGCCUGGACCAGCCACUCCUUCAGCACUGGGAGGCCCAGGAGCCUAUGGAGGUGCCUGAGACAAUGGAGACUGUGGUCUGUGCCCUGGGCCUGGUGGUGGGCGUGGCAGGCAUCAUCACUGGCACCAUCAUCCUGAAGACCAGGAGGCCCGACAACAUCCCUGGGUGCAGGGGCCCCUAGCGGGAAGCAGACACGAGGAGGGUGAAGGAAUCUGUCCAAGGUCACACAGCUUGAAAGGUACAGAGUCUGGAUUUGGAUUUGGGCAUUGGGGUUCCAGAGCUCCGUCUUAUGCAAUAUGUAGAUUACAUCAUCUAUGGCCAUUUUCUCUCUCCCUUACAAUCUUCAUAGCCUUGAUUUUCUUUUGUUGUCGAAGUGAUGUCUAGAACCUUCAAUACUAUGUUAAACAUUUGUAAUAAUAAAGGAUAUCCUACCUUUUGCAUAAUCCUAAAAUGAAUGGAUUUAAUUUCUCCAUAGAUAUAUUUGCUAUAGAUUUUUGGUUUAUAAUCCUUGCCAUGUGGUAAAAUUGAUCAAAUUCUGUUUAUGCAAGUAUUGAGUUGAAUUCAUUUGAAGUUAAUAUGAAUGUUAUUCUUUGGUUUAUUGACUUUUUGGGUCAUAUUAUAGAUUUUCUGACAUUGAAACUUCACUGCAUUCCUAGGUAUUUUGUGUGAUCGAAGCCUACUGAUAUAAAGUAAUGAUGGUGAUCAGCUAGGAAUGCCUAGGGGCACUCGCUUGGGUCCCUACUACUUGUAGUGACAGGAGCCAAUGUUGUGGCCCGAUUGGCCCUUGUGGUUCUUAUGACUGCAAGACAAUCCUCAGCCACAA